AUGGGAGACUCUCAGUCCAGACCAGCACGCUGGGAAUGGCGUUCAGCAAAAUGGUUCAUUCUAGCUACCGUCGCUUUGGCCUUGUUCAUCGAGAUCUUUCUCUAUGGUUUCCUCGUCCCGAUGCUACCCUACAUGCUCGAAGAGCGCAUGCAUCAAGACCCAAAGCAAACCCAGCGUUUGACCUCCAUCUCGCUCGCCCUGCACGGCCUCGUCUCUGCCUUUGGGGGCCCGCUCAUCGGCCAUCUAGCCGAUAAAGCGCCCAAUCGCAAGAUCCCCUUCCUCGUAGCGCUGGUGGGAUGCAUCAUCGGCACGUUCAUGGUAGCCUGCACGACGGAUGUCGGUGUCUUUUUCGGAGGAAGGGUGUUGCAGGGGAUUUCGGGUUCGGGAGCUUGGAUUGUUGGGCUUGCGACGGCCGCGGAUACGGUUGGACCGGAGAGGAUUGGAACUACGAUGGGAUUUAUUAUGGCGUUUGUGAAUGCGGCUAUGGUUACGGGACCAAUGGUCUCAGGGUUGAUUCUGGAGAUGGCCGGGUAUUGGUUUACUUGGAGUGUGCCUGUGGUGAUUUUGGUGAUUGAUGUUGUGGCGCGGUUGUUGAUGGUUGAGAAGUCGGAGAAAGAGGAGACUUCGGAGGAUGCGCAGGAGACUGAUCCUCUGUUGGAAUCUUCUGCCGAGGAGGAGAAUGGCCCGGAUGGAACUACUCCGACUGCGAACUUCUGGCAGAUGAUGCUGAGCAAUAGCCGUGUGAUGACGGCUUUGCUGAUUGGGAUUUGGGGUCCAACCUUGAACACAAGCUUCAACGCUACCCUUCCUCUGCAUGUGUUGGAUAUCUUUGGCUGGGGACCUUCGAAGGUUGGAAUGAUGUUUUUCCUCCUGGCCCUGCCAGGUCUGCCCAUCAGUCCAUUGGCUGGAUAUCUUCGUGAUCGUAUUGGAACCCGCGCCCCUGCUACCAUUGCCCUUGCUCUACAAGGAGUGUUCCUUGUCUUGCUAGGAUUCGCCGGCAACAAGCAGUUUGAAUGGUCCAGUGGGGCCGAUCGAGGCAAAGCUCUUUAUAUCUUGUGUUGCAUCAUCUUCGGUACCCUGCGACCAUUCGUCUCCGGCGUUGGGCCCGUGGAAUUAACCUGUGAGUCUCCUGUCAUCCGAUUCUGGGGUGUUGUCAAAGCCGAAGAGGCAAGGAACCCCGGGAUCUUCGGCCCUCGAGGGGGACUUUCGCGUGUCUUUUCUCUGGUUGAGGUCGCCGCUACGAGCGGCAUGACUCUUGGUCCCAUUCUUGCUGGAGCUCUGACAGAGCGUUUUGGAUAUUAUACCAUGUGUUGGACGUUGAGCGUCAUCUCCAUCGUCAUGGCCAUCAUGGCCCGUACUUUCCUGGGUUCGAAAAGUAUGGAAGAGAAGGACAGAGCUCAAGAGGGCAGUGUCGAAUAA